AUGGAGGAGGCGCUAGGGGCAAAGGAGGAGGAACAAGGAAGUGGCUCCAGGCACCCAGCUCAAAAUGAGAGGGGCGAGACGCCGAGAACCAGAAGGCGGAUCCCAGAUCGACGCGAUGAUGCCCGACGUCCCAAUGUCUGGGUAAGAAGAGACGUUCUUGCAAAUUCACAAGAGCCUCGCCGUGACCAAACCAACCGCGAGAACGCGAAUCAAUCUCGGGGGCAAGCAAACAUGUACUGCAAGUACCACAACUCUCGCACCCAUAACACUGUUGAUUGCCACUACUUCAAAAAGGCACUUAAGAUAAUCUCUGAUCGAGGAGGAGUAAGAGAAAUGUUCCAGAAAGCAGAACAGGGAAAUCAAUCUCCGCGGGAGCGCAGUCGCUCUCCAGCCACCAGUGCAGGAGCGCCUGGGUCCUAA